CUCAGAGCGCUGGACCUGAGCAGUGGACACACAAGCCCUGACAGCUCCAAGUCGCCAUGGACGCUGAAGCCCAUUCUCAGAGACAACCUUUCCCAGCUUAACGACAGGUCGUCUCUCCCCACUCUGAGAUUCUGCGCAUCUUUCUACCACUCAUGUAAUGGCUGAUCCACCACAUUUGGCACUAUUUGGAGGUCAUUUCUCUUCCCUGGGGAGCGAAGGGGGAAGGAAAAGAACAUUUAGCCAGAAGCCAUGGUGCUGACCAGCCUCUGUCUCCAUCUGGUGUUUGCCGAAUGAAUCAACAAAUAAACAGAUGAAAGACCAGUGUUGCCAGAGCCGGAUGCCUGCUUGCAGACACCUGGCCCGGCAUUGGGCCAGCGGUCUCUGUGCAUUGCCUCAUUCUGUCCUCCCAGCAGCCCCAGGAUUUCCUUGUGAAACUGACACUCAAAGAGGCCUGGCACUCCUGCUGCCCCCGACCACACUGGCAGCCCUGGCAGACAGCUGGCUCCAGGAGGACUGCCCAGGCCUCAACUAUGCAUCCUGGGUCGCAGGGGCAGCCCCCUCGCAGGCUGCGCUGUGGGCCAAAUCCCCCGGGGUACUGGCAGGGCGGCCUUUCUUCGAUGCCAUCUUCGCCAAACUCAACUGCCAGGUCUCCUGGUUCUUCCCAGAGGGAUCAAAGCUGGUGCCGGUGGCCAAGGUGGCUGAGGUCCGGGGCCCUGCCCACUCCGUGCUGCUGGGGGAACGGGUGGCCCUUAACAUGCUGGCCCGCUGCAGUGGUGUGGCCAGCGCUGCUGCAGCUGCUGUAGAGGCCGCCAGGGGGACCGGCUGGACCGGGCAUGUGGCUGGCACGAGGAAGACCACACCAGGCUUCCGGCUGGUGGAGAAGUACGGGCUCCUCGUGGGUGGGGCUGCCACGCACCGCUAUGACCUGGGAGGGCUGGUGAUGGUGAAGGACAACCACAUCGUGGCAGCCGGUGGUGUGGAGAAGGCCCAGCUCCCUGCUCCCCAGGGCCAGGUGCCAUCUGGUCCUCACCGCCACCCUCCCGCUGCCUGGCAGGCGGUGCUGGGCGCCCGGCAGGCGGCUGACUUCACGCUGAAGGUCGAGGUGGAGUGCAGCAGCCUGUGGGACGCGCUGCAGGCGGCCGCGGCGGGAGCCGACCUCAUCCUGCUGGACAACCUCAAACCAGAGGAGCUGCACACCACGGCCGCCGCGCUGAAGGCCCGGUUCCCGAGUGUGGCCGUGGAAGCCAGCGGAGGCAUCACGCUGGGCAACCUCCCUGAGUUCUGUGGGCCCCACAUCGAUGUCAUCUCUAUGGGGAUGCUGACCCAGGCCGCCCCAGCCCUCGAUUUCUCCCUCAAGCUGUUUGCUGAUGUCCCCCAUCCUCCCCCGUCCUAGGGCUGAAGGGGAUGACACUGGCAGUGGGUUAACGUGGCUUGCUGGCACCCUCGAGGUCACUGGCCAGGAGGGCACACUUGGCAUUACCCUGAGCUCAACUCCAGCUCUGCCACCUAGAGCUUGUGUGACCUGGCAGGAGCAAAUUUCACCUCUGCUCACCUCAGUUUCCUAACCUGCAAAAUGGGACUAAUAAAAGAUUAACCUCAUGGG